UGGGCCUUUCUCCGCCCCGUGCAAAAGAAAAAAAAUAAAACCCUAACGUUCGACUUGCUCCCCCCCUCUCUCUCUCUCUCUCUCGGCGAACUCUAGAAAUCAAAUGGCGACCGCGGAAGAAGGUGGAGCCACCGCUAGUACCUCAUCUUACGGUGGAGGAGGAGCGGGAGGAAAGUUCACCAAAAAGUCCUUUCGCAAAGCUGCAACCCCGUACGAUCGUCCCCUCCCCGCACCCCGCCGAAAUGACAACAACGGUAGCUGGUUGUCGAAGAUGGUGGUGGAACCCGCCUCCAAGCUCAUCAAUUAUGGGGCCCACCGCUUGUUCGCGUCCCUUUUCCGCAAACGCCUCCCUCCACCGACCGCUCCUCAGACAUCAGAGAUAAAUAAUGGCCCCAGUGGUGGACUUCCUGAGGCAGUUCCACAUACUCAACAAGGUGCACAAGAGCCUUCAAGAGGUGAAUGCAGCCAGCCGAUGGAUAGUUCCAAGAGCAGUGGAAUCUCUGAGCUCGAGCAAUUGCUGAAGCAAAAGACCUUCACCAGGUCUGAGAUUGGUCAUCUGACUGAGCUAUUGCAAUCAAGAGCUGGAGAAGUCUCUUUUAGUGACGGUGGAAAAAGAUACGACGAGACAGCAAAUGAGUUUGGAAGGCAUCAACAAUUUGUUAGUAGUCCGAUGGAAGGAAACAAGAGUGGUGGGGAUCGAUCUCAUGGAAUGAUGUCAACUCCUAUGUCCAAUUCACAAGUCCUCGGGGAUAGUAUUGCAUCUCCUGCUGAACUUGCAAAAGCUUUCAUGGGCAGUAGACCUUCAAAAGUAUCUCCGUCGAUGCUGGGGAUGCGUAGUCCUGUUAGCAGGGAAGAUCCUUUCCUCAGUAGUACUAGGUUUGCAUCAAAAUCACCCGUCAUGUCAUUGAGAACAAAUACUUCUGCUGGCCGUGGAGCUCCAGAUAAUGGUUUUAUAACUCCAAGAUCUCGAGGCAGAUCGGCUAUUUACAACAUGUCACGCCCCUUGAAUUCUACGGUUCGUCCAACUUCCACACUAAAGGGAAACGGAAUCAACAGCAAUGGUUAUGCUGGACUAGCAAUGUCCCCAGCGUCUCUUUCUUCAGUGGAGCCUGAUGAAAGAUUUGGGCCCAAAUCAAUGACCUUAAAACGAAGGAGUUCUGUCCUGGAUGAUGAUGUUGGAUCUGUCAGUUCCAUUCGGAGAAUCAGACAGAAAUCAAAUGCAAUAGCACCUAGAAUUCCUCAUACUUCCGAUUCAAAGCAGAAACAACCAUUGAUUAGUGAGCAGAAACAUGUCGGAAAAACUGUUGUGGAGAAUGCCGAUCAAGGCUUCCCGAGCACAAGUUAUGAUCCCGUUCCUUCCAGUUCCAGCGAGGUAGCUUCUAGAAUAUUGCGGCAUCUUGAGAAGUUGACGCCAAAGCAAAAAUCAUCAGACUACAAGUUUGUUGAUGUUCGGGAGAAAUCAACCUUCAAAUUGACUCAAAAUAUGCUAUGCGGACAAGCUCUGAGGAGCAUGGAGGAUCUGAGUUCCUCGAAGUUGCUGCUCGAUCUCCAAGAUGACAACAAGCCGGCGAGUAGUUCGAAAGCUACUUUACCUGUUGCUAGUGGUUCUACUUCUCAACAAGGAAAAGUUGAAGAAAAUAGCCCUCAAAAGUCUUAUACACCAAUGAACAAUGAUUCUGCAGUGACCGUGAAAGCUUCAGGCUUUAACGCAGGGACGUCUAAAUCUGUUGUCGAGACAGGUUUAUCUGAACCUCCUCAAAAGAAGAGAGCUUUUAGAAUGAGCGCAGUCGAGGAUUUCUUGGACUUUGAUGAUGACAUUGAAUGUAACGGGCUUGCAUCUCAACCAUCCGUUGAGGGGAGAGGACCAGUGGGUUCUCAUACUACGGACAACAUCUCACCCGUUGAUAAGCCCAAAUUUGUACGAACCACAAUUUCGCCAGAAGUCAAGUUACCUUCAGGUCAUGUAUCGAGUGAAACAAGUGACCGCAGUCCUGGUACUUUCAUGGUGGGAGAAGGAAGUAGUAGCGUGCCUUUGUCCAAUUCAGAAGCAGCAACUACAGCUGUCCAGUCUGCUGUUUUUCCUGUAUCAGUUGCUGCAUUUGACAAACCUAAAGAAACAAAUAGCCCCCCUCCCUUGUUCAGCUUUAGCUCUAAAGCGGCUGACAAGUUUCUCUUUUCUUCUGAAUCAAGCAGCAGAACGCCAGAAGCCAAACCAGAAAGCCCCAACAGCAUGGUCAAUGUUCCCGUUCCAAGUGGCGCUCCAAUGAAAAGUCCCGACAUAGAGAAGGGCAGUCAGUUGAAUCCUCCGAAGACAGAUGACAGAAACGCUGAGACAGUUCCUUCUGCUGCAUCAAAUGGGCCACUUCAUUCGAGCCCUCUUGCUGGGUCAUUCACUACAGCUUCUUUCAAAGAAACAAACGAAAAAUCAACUGCUGCCGCCCCUCUUCUCUUUACUCCUUCGACCAGUAUCGACAACUUUGUCCCUAGUGGUACCGGCACCAGCAGCUCAACUGCUUCUAGCGGCAGCAUUUUUGGAUUGGCUGCACCUUCAAAUGUAACUGGAUCUGUAUUCAAAUUUGGAGCAUCUACAGAACCAUCCACUGCAGUUUCGGCAGCAACAACUACGAUUGUUCCACUCGGAGGAGAUUCGAAAACCAACGCUGAUACAGAUCCGAGUACUGGCAGUUCAAGUAGCGCACUUUCCAACGUUGUACCUUUUGGGUCCACGAGCUCGGUACACGGCAUGUUUGGACUCAGUUCUUCAGUUAGUCAUUCAACUGCAAAUAACAAUCUUCAGGGUUCACUGUUCGGUAAUGCCAGUAAACCUUUCGUUUCUGGCCUUGAAACUGCUUCGCAAGGCACAUCUAUCCAGUCCGUUGCACCUGCUUCAUCACCAUCAUUCAGUAUGAACAACACUGCUCCCGUUUCUUUUGGUUUUAGUUCUUCUUCAGCUUCCUCUACAGUUACUACCGGUGCAGUUAUCCCUAGUAAUGCUGUUAGCUCGAGCAGUAAUGCUGCUCCUAGCACGUUUAGCUUUGGUUUCAGUUCUUCCUCUUCUUCAACCAAUGCAGUUGGGUUAUCGACCGGUGGUGGGGUAUUCAGUUUUGGUGCUGGUUCAUCAGUUUCUUCUGCUCCUGUAGUCAACACCGCUAGCUCUUUCAGCAGCGGCACCACCACCUCUGGUGUAUUUAGUUUUGGUGCAAAUUCUUCGUCUUCCUCAGCAAUCAUCUCAGCUAGCAGCAGUAGUGCCCCUUCUACUAAUGCCUUUGGUUCGACUUGGCAAAACCCAAAGCCUUCUGUUUUCGGUUCCACAAUCACCUCUGCACCACCAUCUACUGGAUUUGCCUUCGGUUCCACAGUUACCUCUGCACCACCAUCUACUGGAUUUGCCUUCGGUUCCACAGUUACCUCUGCACCACCAUCUACUGGAUUUGCCUUCGGUUCCACAACCACCUCUGCACCACCAUCUACUGGAUUUGCCUUCGGUUCAUCUUCCACCACUUCUGCCCCGACAAAUGUCGCACCUGGUUUUUCAUUUAAUACACCCUCUCCUUCGGUCUUACCUGUGUUUGGUAAUGCCCCGUCUGGUUUUGGUGCUUCUCCAGUCAAUAAUAAUGAUCAGAUGAGUGCUGAAGACAGUAUGGCUGAGGACACAGUGCAGUCAACCGCACCCUCUGUUCCGGCAUUUGGUCAAACGUUUGGUCAAACACCCGUUUCUCCUUCUCCGACUGGCUUUAUGUUUGGAUCAACACCUCCAUCGCAAGGCGGCAAUAAUAAUCCUUUCCCAUUUGGUGCCCAGCAACAGAAUAAUCAAGUUGCACCUCAAAACCCAUCUCCGUUUCAGGCAUCGAACAGUCUGGAAUUCAAUGCCGGAGGCAGCUUCUCGUUGGGCAGUGGUGCAGGAGAUAAGGCGGGGCGGAAGUUUGUGAAAAUUGGUCGGAGUAAGAAUCGAAAGAAGUGAAGGCAUUUGAGUUUUUGUAUCUCUGUUGUAUAUUUGACAUUUGAUGGAUCGGCGGAUUCUGAUGGCGGAAAAGGGCAGUCUUUGUCUCUUGGUUUUCUGUUGUAAUGUUUUGUUUCUUGUAGCAAAGGCAAUUUUUGAAGGUGUUGAUGAUGAGUUGGUGGGGGGCAAUUAUGCUCUCUGUAAUUCAACUUUAAUAUGUAUUUGUUGUGUAACAAAAAUGAUAUCUUUCUGAAACCUCAUUGGCUAAGUAGUAAGUCUUUGUUAUACCAUUUUU